AAGAGGUGGUCGGUGAGUCUUCCGAACGGCAGGCGGCAGCAAAGAAACGGAAGAGGGGUUCCACCACCGCAUGGUUCUCUUCCGGUCUGAAGGUUAAAACGUGAAGCUUCCUAAUAAGGGAAAAUGGCAGCGGGAGCGCCCGUCGAGGAGUACCCGCAGGAGAUAGACGAACAGCUGACCACCUUCGAUUCUUCGGCGAAUGCGGUGAAAGCCAUGCUGGAGAAACUCAUGUCCCUGUCCAGAAACGACCUGGUGCAGAAGUUGGAUCCUUUGGACCAAGCCAAGCUGGAUCUGAUGUCUGUCUAUACUCUAAAUUCGCUGUUCUGGAUGUACUUGGUGACGCAGGGGAUAAACCCGAGGGAACAUGGGAUCAAGCAGGAGCUGGAGCGCAUCAGGACUUACAUGAACCGAGUCAAAGAGAUCACCGACAAGAAGAAAGCCGCCCGUCUGGACAAGGGCGCUGCGUCGCGGUUCUUGAGGAACGCCCUCUAUGAACCCGAGGACAAAGAGUUUAAAAAAGCCGCGUCCAAGAAGUCAGCAGAUACGCCCCCCGAAGGUCCUCACAGGAAGCGGCCCAAGCAGAGCUGAUCCCGAGGAAGGUGCCUACAGUCGGGUCCCGUUACAGCAUGGGUCCCAAAGCAGGGCGAUGGAUGCUGGCGUGAACGUCCCAACCGCAACGCCAGCGUUAAAGAUCAGGCAACAGAGGCGGCAAUUAUUUGAGCCACUUCAGUGGAGCUGCCGGGACUCCAGUCAGAAAUGGUUCUCUGCAUUCUUCAUGUGUUCCUGGAUGUUUUAGAGAUGAACAGGAAGCCAGUUUAUCUCUGCAGUCUUCAGGAUGAGCAGCUUUUGGGACAUUAUUUUGUCUCUAUUAAUAGCAUCUUUGUAAUUUGAAGCGGAUUCAAUGAAUCUGAUGGAAGAAAAAAUGUAUUAAUUUUAUAUAUUGUUUUUUUCUGUUAAUUUGUUCCCCCCUUGGAGAAUAUUUUCGAAUAUUAUCUGAAGAGAAGAACACUUAAAAAGUUGUUUAAGUUGCUGAUCGGCUUUCAUGUGCUUGACUUGUUGUACCAAAUAAUGCGAACAACUAAUAGCGUUUUAUCUUUUUAAGUGAUUGUUUUUAUUUUCUUAACUCAAUUAAUCAACUUCUGGGUUUGGACAUUUCAUAUUCAGGACAAGCAGUUUCCAAUCUGUGACAACGAGAACAUGAAUUUCUUUAUAAACAAUACAAUGUACAGUUAAUCCUACAACUAUUCACACACCAGGCAGAUUAGGGUUUAAAGUAAUCUUUUAAUUUUUACCAAGAUGUUUCUGUUGGCCCUAAUAGCAUUUUGGCUAAGCUUGAAUUUAACAUUGAACCUGUGGAGGGAGCUAAAGAUCCAGGUGAUGACAAGAAAGCCUUCCAGCCGCUAAAGACUCUGAGCUCAUUGCAAAAGAUAAAUUGUCCAAAAAGAAAAAAGGGAGAAACAAGCAUGCCUAAAACUGGUUAGCGAUUAUAAGAAUAGUUUGCUUGCAAUUCUGCCAAUAAAGCUUUUUCUUUGUAAUUUCUAUGUAAUUUCUUUAACAAAUGUAAAUGGAAACAAAAUUAAUUUGUUUUUUUCAAAGCUGAUACUUUGUUUUCUGAUCUUUUGAGAGAGAGGAAACUGUGGGAUUACUAUGGAAACUUGUGAUGGUAAAGAUGAGCCUAGA